AUGGGCGAUUUAGAUGACUUACUCGACGUAUGGGCGGAUAAUCUCGAGGAGAGUGUUAUAAAGAUGCGAGAUAUGAUUGAACGCGCUGCUUUCAUUUUUAUAGAUGCUGAAUUCCCAGGAGUUGUUGCCGAAGUGGAGGGCUCAUUUGUUGACUACAUUGAUGUGGACUACCAAGAUAAGAGAGAGAAUUCUAAUUUAAUGCAUCCGAUUCAAUAUGGUUUUGCAUUUUUUGGUGAGGACAAAUGUCGCAUUGAAGGCACCUGUGCCAUUCAGUUCAAUUUCAAGUGGGAUAAAGACGUGGACACUUGCAGUCAAAAUUCGGUGGAAUUUCUAGAGGAUAAAGGAUUUGAUUUCGCAAAGUUAAGUGUAUUUGGAAUUGAAUAUGCUGAAUUUGCAGAAGCCAUUAUUGGCAGUGGGCUUGUAUGUAAUCACAAAGUUACAUACGUUGGAUUUCAAUGCGAUUAUGAUAUAGUUUAUUUAUUGAAACUUUGCUCCGGUUUAACGAGACUGCCUAUGAAUUAUCCUGAUCUCUUCCGGAUAAUGGAAAUAUAUUUUCCAUGCGUAUAUGACUUUCGAUACGUGGCGAUCAGUCAAAGGUACUUCACUCGUUUGGUUAAAAUAGGUGAACUGUUUGGCGUAGUGAGUAGUGGAAGGAAUCAUCAUGCUGGUGCUGAUGCUUUAUUUACCGGUGACGUGUACUUUCGAUUCCUUGAAAAAUUUAAAGAUUUCGACCUGCCGAGAAUUAAAAAUUAUAUCUACGGGUUAACUGCUGUGGGCUAUCGUGGCAGAUUUCGCGUUUGUUACGGGCCCUGA